AUUUUGUAGAGCAAAGAAAAAAAACCCAGAGAGAAGAAUGACGAUGGACGACGGGAACUCUGUCUACGUCGGCGGCCUUCCUUACGACGUCACCGAGGAGACUGUCCGGCGAGUCUUCUCUGUCUACGGUUCUGUCACCUCCGUCAAGAUUGUCAAUGACCGCAGUAUAAGAGGGAAAUGCUAUGGCUUCGUGACAUUUUCAAAUCGUCGAUCAGCAGAUGAUGCCAUCGACGACAUGGAUGGGAAAACUAUUGGUGGGCGUGCAGUGCGUGUGAAUGAAGUUACAAACAGAGGCGGAAGAUUGAACCCAUCUCGAGGACAUUUUCGACAACAGAGUGGCUGGGAUAGAAGCCAUGAUAGGGAAAGUGAUUAUAGUUAUGACCGGGAUCGGUACAGUGAUAGGUCCCGAGAACGUGAUAGGUCUCAGGAUAGGAGGAAGGAUCAUUACAUGGAGAAGGAAAGAUCUUAUGAACAUCCACUUGAUCAUGAGAGGAGAAAAGAUAGACAGAUGUUGGAUAGAAAUGGUUACGAGGAAAGGAUGUUGGAAGGAGAUGGAGGCGAGUGGCGUGGAAACAGAUCAUAUGGGGAUCAUGGUAGAGGAGUCGACGAAGCUGAUGCUCAUCAUAUGAACCGGGACGAGGGAAGGAGCCAAGACACGAAUAGAGAGGAAGGUCCCAUCUUUGACGGUGGACGCGGUAGAGAACACUUCUCUAGUUCAAGCGGAGAUCACAAUUAUCAGGUGAAAGGGCAAAUUGAAGCAUCAAUCGAGAGGCGUGAAGUGCUUCAAGAGGAUGUUCUGCUGAUGGAAGAGAGACUGGAAGAGCAAAACCAAGUGGUUUCAGAACUGCAGAAAAAAUCUAAGAGACUUGAGGAUGCAUUGAUGGAUGAAAAGAAGCUGACUUCACAACGUAGAAAGGAAUUGGCGAAGCUAUAUAAAUCGUUUCUGCGGGUCAGAGAGUGCUCGGACAAUCUGAAAACUUGUGAACAGGAACUUCAGUCUCUAGUUAGAGAAGGUGGCAUUGACAUCUACCCGAGGGAGGAAGUCGUUCUGGGCAACGGCUUUGCUUAGUAGUAAUAUCACGAGGUUGAUGGUUCAUUACAAUGCUAGGAACUUGGUCUUUGUAUGUUUGAUUAUUGUGUUGCUCUUCACUGUGGUCGUUGUAUGGGAUUAUAUCCUUUUUUACUUCAUUUAGUCAUUGACUUGAAGACAAUAUCCAUUUUUGAUGAUGACAUGUGUUGUAUUUUUUC